CAGAUGCCUAAAAUCAUGUAUCCAAGUCAUCAGUUGUUGAACCUCCUGCAUCUCAGCACCAGCAGAGGAAGAUGAAAGCAAUAUAUUGAUUUGAUGUAAAGCAGAACGAGUUGUAGGAGUAUCUUCCACACCAGCACCAGGAGCAGUCAAACGAAAGAGGAUUCGUUGUCUCAGCUUUACAUGAAAGGGAGGCGUCUCUUCCUCGUGAGCUAAAUCACUGGUAUAGGGAGUGCAAUGAGGAUGGAUCAUAUUCCUACCAACAUCAGGUGUGUACUCGUCCUCACUACUGCUUGAUUCAGCAGCGAUAUCAAUGGCACGAUCCUGGCCAGCAGCAGCCCUCAGUCUAGAGGCAAGAGGAUCAUACUUUGCUGGCAACCUAGCUAGACCCCUGUCCCCCCCCAAGAUCAUUCCUGUGCCCCCUAUGACUGUAGUUUCGAUUGCUGUAGUGUCUUGCAUUCCUCCUCUCACUAGCAGAAAAAGAGACUGGUCGAGGCUCCUGGAAAGGGGCACGCUGCUGCUGCUGCUGCUGAGCCUGUCCCCGCUGAGCCGCGACUGGUCCCCUCUGGUGAGCCUGUCCCCCCCAAUGAGCCUCUCCCCUCCACUGAGCCCGCGGCCCCCUCCUUUCUGGAAUAGUCCCUUUUCUAAGCUGGCUAACGCCAAGCCCAUCGACCCUAGUUCUAAUCCCCCUUGGGACCUGCUUUUGAAUACUGUUCCUCAAAGCCACAUCAGACUGCAGAUGAAUAUCAGUCUUAGUGUAAUCAGCUGCAUGUCCGUAGGCGUCUUGCUCAAACUGAGCACUUCCCAAAGGCUGGCAGUUAUCCAGCGUUGCAUCAAAGUUUCCUCUAUGGACAUGCUUCGACAGUGCGUCCUGGAGCUUCCCCAGGGGGUUCCCUGAAUACUGUUCCUCCUGCUCAUCUUGCUGGGGACCACUUCUAAGCCUCUCUUCAUUCUUAUCAAUAUUCCAUCUGUCAGUAAGAUAGAAAUAGAUUGAGCACUGGCAGUUGCAGAGGGGACAGUUGCAAGCAACUGGCACGCCAUUCUCAUACUCAAGAUAAUCGGCACCUGGCUUGCUGCACUCAGGACAUGUCCCCCCCCUUGGAUCGAGGUUACAGUUGAACUUGCAGCAGUAGCAAGCCAUCCUUACAUCCAGUAUGCCCUUGAGCCUUGGACGCCCCUUCUUAUCCCUACUGACUUCAUCAUGCGCUGCAACAGCAACAUCAUGCUCCUUCUCCAUCUGCAAGUUGUGCUUUUCAACCUCCUUUAGAUCAUCCACAGGCAUGAUGGAAUAGUUGUCACACAUAGGGCAUGGAAACCUAUCCAGCUUGGCUGGAUCAAAGUCCCAAUCAUCCUGUACACGCGACUGUCCCUUCUGCCAAUAGACCUUGCCUUUCUUCUGCUUGGACGCCUUUAGUCUAGUGCUCUGUUCAUCAUCUUUCAUUGCCUUCUUUACUGCUUCACCAACAUCCUCAAGCACGUCUGCAGCUGCACGAGUCCUUCUGCUUUCCCUUUUUUGUUGUUGGUCGCUCCUCCCCUUCCUGAUCUCCAUCCCUGUAAAGAAUUUGGCAAGCAAUGUAGCUGAAUAGGCCAGAUUCCAAUAUUUCUUGAUCCUGUACUGAGUGCUUCCUGUCAUGGUUACAUCAUGAUACACCCUCUGCAUCUCAUGGGACAACGCGUCCCCCCCAGGAAAGACAGCUUUGAUAAGGUCUUGGUUGAGCUUGUCCCUAAUUCCAACCAGCAAAUCUUUCUUUUCUUUCAGUGAAAGGUACUUCCUCUUGGCCAGUGUAGCCUGUGCUGUCUCGAACAAAGGAUGGGACGCUGCUGGUAGUGUUGGUGGAGCAGGAGGUGGUGGUGGUGGUGGUGGUGGUGGUGGUGGCGCCACUGGAGGAGCAGGAGCUUCCUCUUGAUGAAAAUCCUCCACAGAUGAAUCAUCUGAGAGUAAUGCAUCAGCAUGGCCUCCUAGAGAUCUAUUCAGCUGUAGGAGACUAUCCGUGGCUUCUCUCUCCUGUGUAUUCAUCCUAUCUGCUAGAUCGGUGCUCAUACUGCUGUUUGCCGACAUCGGAAGAAGCAAGUCGUCGUAAAAUAAGAGUCACUACUGUAACACACUAAAACAAUACUUCUACUGGGUCCUUUGCUACAGAUAAGGGCUUGUUCAAUCGACAAUCGAAGAGAGCUAUCCAGUGAUACCACUUACAUUAGAAAAGGUUGAGUGUAACUGCUUGAAAUGGAGCAAUUCCCAUGGUCGGUUGGUCCCAACCGUGUUUUUUCGAUAGAAUGAAAAGAACAGUUUAGCACGCUAAUUUAGCACGCUGUAUCAGCAUGCUGGAGGGAAGUUUUCAGGUCAAGACAGUAGGACACAGUACAAUUUUGUACCCGGAAUCAAAACCCUUCCAUUUUGACCAAAAUCUCAAGUCAACUACCUUGAUCCACGAUUUUCUACAGGAUUUUCUACACAGCUUUGUACUAGGAUCCAUCGAAAUAGACUGAUCCUGGUCCUCCCUGAGCAGCUGGAUCAGCAGCUGGGCGUGCCACCAACGGGUACAGUACAAAUUCUACUUACACGUACGUCCCUAACGUCCGGGAUAUUAACACUAACAUUCGGAAUGUUAACGCUAACAUUCUUAAUUAACGAAAGUUCAAUUGUUAUUUUACGCGUAGUACUUGAAAAAUUGAAAACAAGAUUCCWCCCCAUUUAAAUUUGAUUUCGAUUUCGAUUUUGAUUCAUUCGAUCAUCAAAUCAAAAUCUGCAUCCAGAAUUCGGAACGAAAAUCAAAAUACCCGACGGCAUUGAAAAYGGCUCUGAGAAUGGAAAUAGCCGGAGUCCAACAAUACGGUUGGUUGAAUGAUGGAUGGUGAUGUCGACAACAAUUGAAUAGAACCAACAACAACAAAAACGAAAAUAGCAACACAGAGAAAUUUGAAUGAUAUUGACAAGACUAGAAUAACUGCAAGCUUUUCCAGACUAGUCCAGGUAGAAAUCUAAUAGUGCUGUUGGGUUGAAUGACUGGAUUAUCUGCGCAUWACCGGCGGGGCUAUCGAUCUUUUCAUUUUCCGUCAAACGCGGGAUAAUGAUGUCCCUUUUGUAUCAAUUCUAGUAGUAUACUAUUCCAUACAUUGCACAUCUAAACGAUAUCCGACGUUUCAAAAGCGAAGCAAAUACUCGUUUACCCAUACACAUCGAUCAUCAGACGAAAUGCCAUCGGCAGCCGACUACUUGGUCGGGCCGACCAUUGGCGAAGGAUCAUUCGGUCAUGUCGUAUACGCCGUUCACAAAACCACACAACGAAAGGUAGCCAUCAAGGUCAUGGAAGCUCCGGUGAUGGGUGCGACUGAACAUAAGCACCGACAAUUGUGGAAAGAACAAAAAACUGCAAUGAUUUUGAACGAGCGCCGGAUCUUGAGCUUACCGGAACUAAAAUCAUCCAAGUGGAUAGUCAAUUUGUGGGCGGCCUUUUGCGAAUCCAACAGCAGAUACCUUUAUUUUGUAAUGGAAUUGGCAACCGGUGGAGACUUACAAGGACUAAUCGACCGGGCCUUAACGUCGUCGCGUGCGAAGUCAAAGCGCGAUGCCUGGAGAACCGACUCCGUUCCAUUCUAUGCCUCGCAAUUGAUCGAGGCAAUCCAGUUUCUUCAUUCAACGGGGAUUCUGCAUUGCGAUCUSAAGCCGGAAAAUGUACUGCUGGAUGCCGCCACUGGAGAUCUCAAGCUCGCCGACUUCGGAUGCGCCUUGGAUACGAACCGACARCAACAGAACCGCAACCCAUCUUCUCCGCCAAUUAUGCUCCCACGAGGAACCGCCCGCUAUUCCGCUCCCGAACUAUUGCAGGCCGAAUCACCACUGGCUCUCGAUGCAGCCGUCGACUAUUGGUCGAUGGGAUGCAUCCUCUACGCCAUGUUUCGAGGUAAAUCUCCGUUCGAUCGCGGUUCGGAGGCCCUCACUAUUCGGGCYGUGUUUGACUACUUGGAUGGUGCUCCAAGCGAUUUAUCGCCAAAACAAAAGUGGGCAGAAGAYACUAACGACGAUGAAAGCACUCGAUAUCCACUGUACCGUUUGUCACAAGGUCUUUUCGCAAUGAUUCCGGGCGAUCGGACGACUUUUUGGGCUACCAGCGUGAUUCCGUUGUUUGACUCAAAAUCACAGGGCGAAAGUGUCGGUGGUGAUGAUGCAAUACACGGCAUCGACAACCGGAGAUCAGCCACUUUUGCUACURCAUCUAACGAGAGCGGUGUUUUGCCUUCAAAUCCAGACUGGAAAGAUCAAGUCGAAUCCGCAACGCUCAGAAAUGGCGAUUUGGGGUGGGUCGCAUUUCAACUAUGAAUGAAUCGGUUGUUAGGUGGUUCAGAGAGUGCACCAAAAAUGAGGUCGUAGGCUGCACGAGUAGGAACCACCAAAAGAGCAAAACCUGUAUUGUUACAGUGACCUUAUGUGAGUUUUUUUCCUAUUAUACCCUUCACGAAUGAAUAAGAGGAAGGGAUCUYGGAAAAUAUGAGGAUCAAAAGCAAUCGUUAUUUUGAAUUUUAAAAAUUCAUAUUCCCAUUCCUCUCUUCCUUCGUAUUCUGUGUUUUUAUGUCGUCACGGAUCAAAAUUGUCGACUUUUGCAAGGACGAACAUCCCACCCGGUGCGUUUUGCCGAAUGAUCAAAAGCUCGUCGUCCAAAUAGGUUACGUCGAAAAAACCUUCGAAAGGCGUCCURGGCAGGGUGAAUCCCAGAGGCGGGAGAAAGCCCACGUCGUUCCCCAGCAAUUCCACGGGUUCCAGCGCCACGCGUUCAAAGUCGAGGCCUAUUCUGUUGUUGCUUGUGCYACUCUUGGGUCGAUAKGCCCGCGUUGUCACUUUCGCUCGGAGGAYCGACCCCAUCUGGUCCCCCAGCAGCGUGCGAAAGGGGGGUAGGAGAUCGAUAACGUUGGUCACGCAGGGGGGAUCAAAGACCUGAUAGAUCGCACCCACGGCUACCAGGGGAUUCGCGCUGAGGGUCAGAACGUCUGCUGCGGUGGUCCACACCAUGCGCCAGCUCCCGUCGAGGGGUGAGACGUCGUCACCAUCGCUCCCGUCGAUUCCACGAAUGGCGUUUUGCUCGGGGUUGGCUCCUUCCAGGUCGGACACGAGGGCGUCGACGGCGUCGAAGGCGCGCCUCGUUGCGCCGUAGCCACGGUCGUACGAGGCCGCGAGUUGCAAUAGAUCGCGUUUCAGCGAGGCGUUUGCUGCCCCUGCGGGAGAAACAUCGUCUUUACUGGAUUCGAGCGGUGUUGCCGCGCACAGUACGGAACUCUGGCUCCUCCUCCGGUGAGAGUGGAGGUUCGGACGCUGGGGAGAAAGCGCCGAUAUUUCAAACCCGUUCACRAAGCCGGUGGCCUUGCCAGAGGGAAAUGGUAGACAUAACUUCUGGAUGGAUGCCGCUGCGAGGACAAGCCAUAAAUUGAGAGUGACGUU